AUGGACAUAGAACCAGAGAUACUCCGAAGGUUGAAGGACAAAGGUCGGAGGCGGUCGAGUAUAUUCUCGUUAUUGAAACGAAAGGUUGGAAAGCAAUCGUCAGACCUGAGCAGUUUCCAUACCUUGGACUUGGGGAGGAAGUAUUCGGUGGACUCGGCAAUUCACACCGGGAUGGAUGAAGUUUUUAUUCCAUGUAAUGGAGAUGUCCUCAUCCCGAAUGUGUCUGCAGAACUAGCAGGUGCCGCGUCAGAUACAGACAGCGAAGCCUCCAGGCAGGGGAUGCCGGUGGUGUCGCUCAGUGCUGAUCCCUUAGCCAGGAAACGGGAGGUUCUCAGUCGCAUAGAGAGUCUCUACGUCGAAGACCCGGAUCGGGAGAUUGGAGUGGCUGGUGAAUUAGUUGAAGAAGUAGCAGAAGAGAACAAGUCGUUACUAUGGUUCUUACUAAAGCAAGUGAGACCGGGAAUGGAUUUGAGCAAAGUGGUUCUACCCACGUUUAUUUUGGAGCCUCGGUCGUUCCUGGAUAAGUUGUCUGAUAAUUAUUAUCACGCGGAUUUAUUAGGACAGGCUCAAAUUCUAGAAGACCCAUACCAAAGGUUCAAAGGUGUCCUUCGUUGGUACCUAUCAGGUCUCUACCGGAAGCCCAAAGGUCUCAAAAAGCCAUACAAUCCAGUCCUUGGAGAAACCUUCCGAUGUUGCUGGCGACACAAGAAUGAUACCUACACGUAUUAUAUAGCCGAGCAGGUUUCACAUCAUCCCCCAGUUUCGGCGUUUUAUAUAUCGAAUAGGAAAGAUGGAUUCGUUAUAGAGGGUAGUCUGUUAGCUAGGUCUAAGUUUUAUGGUAACUCAACGUCCGCCAUUUUGGAGGGGUGCGCGCGAAUACAUUUACUAAAUUGGGGGGGAGACGUAUAUCACAACAGCGCCGUAUGCGCAUUGUAA